AUGGAACUUGAUCGUCGGGAUAUUGAGGAAGAGAACCUUCGUGCAGAGGAAAUAGCCUUACAGAUGAAUGAACGUUAUGGAAGACGUCGUGGUCAGAUUAGUCAAGUCGAUACCGGCAUACCAGCCCAAUUUAUUGCUGGUGUAAAUCAGCCUAAUUUGUUCGUCAUCCGUUGUAAGCAAGGGAAAGAAAAAGAUGUAGUUCUUCAGUUUAUGAGGCGGUUUAAGGAAAGCGAAUAUUCUCAACACCCUAUUGAAAUAUUAUCCGCUACAUGUCGAGAUGCACUCAAAGGAUACGUAUACGUCGAAGCUUGGAAGCUUGCACAUGUGCAAAAGGCCAUCUUAAACAUGAAUAACCUGUUUAAUUCGCAAAUAAAACUCGUGCCAUUAGCGGAAAGAGAUCACGUAUUAACCAUAAGAAAGAAAGAUAUCUCUCUUAAGGAAGGAUCAUGGGCUAAAGUCAGAAAAGGAAAAUAUGCGGGAGACCUUGUUCAGAUUUCAUGGGUAUAUGGUGAAAAUCCAAAUGAAGUAAGAAUCAGGUGUGUCCCUCGCAUUGAAGAGAGUGAGAAUGAUUCGAACAAGCGGAAAAAGAAAACUACCGUUAAGGAUUUUGAUAAUGGAUAUAUAGAAAGAGAUAUAAAAGUCACAAAUUUGGUAUUUGAAAAUGUUAGUCCAACCAUGGACGAAAUCACUGAAUACCUUUCGGCAGCUGAUUCAAAUUGUACUUAUUUUGCUUCAAGAAGUUCCGAUGCUCCGAUUGCUCUGCCAACAAAGGUUAUUUUUACCCCUGGUGAUGAAGUUGAGGUUAUUGGUGGUAGCGAUCGUGGAGUUUAUGGUAUUGUGGAAGCCGUGAAUAAAGAAUAUGUUACAUUCACUCGGUACAAAUCGGGAGUUCCACAGCAAGUGACAUUCCUGGCGGAGCAUUUGGCUAAAAGGUUUAGCAUAGGAGACCAUGUUCAGGUGCUCAACGGAUCGCAUAAAGGGGAGACCGGAAUGAUCGUAAACAUUGAUAGUGUGAGGAACCAUGUUACUUUGUGGUCUGACCUGACCAAAUCCGAGAUAAAAGUAUUCUCAAAGGAUUUAAAAAAGAUAACAGAGUCAACUGGUGUUAGGUCAUCCGGGUCAGAUUACGAAGUUCAGGAUCUUGUUCAAACAUCAGCUGGCCAAGUUGGUGUGAUAGUUAAUGUCGAUCGAUCUAAAUACACCAUUUUGGAAACAGACGGAAAUAUUUCGACUUACACACGAGAUGAAAUCAUCAAGAAAGAAGAUACACGUCGAUUUACUUCAGCACUCGGUCAAAAUCAAAUAAUGAUAAAAGUUGGCGAUAUUGUUACCGAUGUAUCCGCUGAGACCGUUACCAUUACAAAGGGACCUUAUAAAGGGUACCUAGGAAUAGUGAAAGAUACUACUCCGGUGAUGGCGCGAGUAGAAUUGCACACGAAUUGUAGUAUUGUGAAUGUGGAAAAGACCAAAUUGCUGAAUGUCGACACGAGUCGGCCAGUUGUAUUGUCAGAACCCAUCACGAAUAGAAACACUAGAGAAUAUAGCCCGGCACCUUCAAAUUACUCAGGUUCGAGUUGGCAGUCGAGUAACGUUAGGACUCCUAAUUCGUGGAAUGGCUCUCGCACUCCAACCUGGAAUAAUCCUAUGUCAAACCAGAUCACUUCAGAUGGUUCGCGUACACCAUCACAUGCAGAUGGAUCAAGAACACCGGCUGUUCAUUUGAACGAUGGUUCUAGGACACCUGCCUGGGAUCUUGGCAGUAAAACUCCUGCCUACGCUGGUUCUGAUGGUUCAAGAACACCUGCUUGGGAUACGGGAAGUAGGACUCCUGCAUAUGUUGCAGAAAAUCGGGGACGAACUUCGACAUGGGAGGCCAACUAUCCUGCUACACCAGCAACUGAGAACCAAAGCUUUACUGCACCAACACCUGGAGCUGAAACUCCAGCGUGUACCGCACCGACACCAGGGGCCUCUGAAACUCCACUUUAUGCUAUGGCAACUCCCGGAAACACCAGUAACAUUAUGAUACCCGCCACUCCUGGCCCUGGACCUAUGACACCAGCUAAUUUGCUACCUCAAACACCGUUUGUAUCGGCAAGCACGAUUCCCACGGGUGGUGACUUUAGAAAUGUCAGACAAGAGGUCAAUUCAAAUUCUAAAGAAUGGUUAACUGUCGACAUACAAAUUCGUAUUGUGCCUGAUCAAAGAGGUGUUUCGUUUAAUAAAGGGCAAUAUGACAAUCGGAUGGGCGUGAUCAACCGCCUUGAAUCACCAACCACCUGCCUCGUAAACCUAGAUGAUUCACAAGAGCAAUGUUUUAUAGAACAGAAGUUUUUGGAACCCGUACAACCACAAAAGAAAGAAAAAAUCAAGAUGAUUGCAGGAGAUCUCAAGGGACAAUUAGGUAUUCUUGUUGGUGUAGAUGGCGUGGAUGGUGUUGUUAAAGUUAAGGGAGGGAAGGAUUUCAAGAUUGUAAAUAUGAGCAUGAUGGCUAAAUACGUAGGAGAGGAAGUGGCCGAAGAGUAA